AUGGAGGCAAUCAAUGUAGUCUCACAAACUGCAGACUCAGCCGACCAAAAAACAGCUACCGAUAAGCGUAGGCUGGCCUUACUGCUUCAUUACGCAGGAACCGAAGUUGAAGACGUAUUUGACACCCUGCCAGGUGUGCAAGACGACAAAAACACUUACUCUAAAGCUGAACCUCUUUUCCAAGCCUAUUUUCAACCGAAGAAAAAUGUUGAACUUGAAGUAUUUAAUUUCCGAAGAUCCAGACAAGAACCUGGCGAAAACAUUGACGCUUUUGCAACAAGACUCCGUCAACUCGCAACAAGCAAGUGCUGCAAGAACAGGAAAGCCAAGCCCGGAUCAUCUUCAAAGCAAGAGCACACCAGACAAGUCAACGACCGAGAGAGCUCGAGUGACGAGUCGACUUGGACAAUUAGUCCAACCAGAUCGGAUGACAGGCCACUCACACACAUGAAGCUGUGUGGCGGAAAAUGCAAGAUGAUGAUCGACACAGGAUCAACUUGCAACCUGCUGAAUUUCAAAGAAUACAAUGAACUCCCAAACAAGCCGACACUUCAUCCUACAAGAAACUCCGUUAAUGGAUACGGCGGAAAUCCUUUGAAAAUUAUAGGCAAAUUCAAGACACUGAUUGAAUCAAAGCACGCAUAUUCCGACGCUGUUAUUGACGUUAGCGACAAUGAAAAGGCUGACAACCUUCUUGGAUACUCCACGACAAAAGAGCUCAAGUUGUUUGGACCACUGUUUUCGGGACUUGGAAAAAUGAAGAACUACCUGGUAAAAUUACACAUUGAUCAGUCGAUCCAGUCAGUAACUCAAAAACACAGGAGAAUUGGUUUUCACCUGCGCAAAGGUGUUGACAAAGAGCUGACAAACCUGGAAAAUGAAGACAUAAUUGAACCUGUCACAGAUGGCCCAAUAACUGAAUGGAUUUUUCCAUGUCAUGCUGUACCAAAGCCAAAGCAACCAGGAAAACUAAGAGUAUGUGUCGACAUGCGAGCACCAAACAAAGAAAUCUUGCGAACCAGACACAUUAUUCCAACUAUAGAAGAUUUAAUUGUGGAUUUAAAUGGAGCAAAAUACUUUUCAAAACUAGACAUGAAUCAAGGAUAUCAUCAGCUAGAACUAGCUCCAGAAUCAAGAUUGAACUUUGGAAUGAAUUGCGCGUCUGAAAUUUUUGAUGACGUCAUUCGCCAAACAGUAAGUGGAAUCCCUGGUGUGGUAAACAGAAGUGUUGACAUUUUUGUUACAGGAAAAAAAAAAGAAGAACACGAUUCAAGCCUGGAAAAGGUACUGAAGAGACUCAUGGACAAAAAUCUCACACUCAAUUUUGAGAAAUGUGAAUUUGGAAAAGAAGAAAUUGACUUCUUUGGAUUACACUUUAGCGGAAAAGGAGUUUCACCAACUCAAGCAAAAGUAGAGGCUAUCAAGAAAGCAGAACCACCGUCAACGCCUGACGAAGUAUCAAGCUUUUUAGGAAUGGAAAACCAACGUCUAUCGUGGUCGAUGCAAGCCAACGAGGCCUAG